AUGUUAUGUAUGAAUACGUUGCAGAUAACAUUAAUGAAACAUACAAAAAUAUCUGUUAUACACGAUAGUCUUCGUAGAAAGAAUGAUAGUGAUAGUGACUUUGAUAAUUAUUCUGGAAUACGUAUUAUGGUAAUUGUCAGUCCUCUACAAGACAGACGGAGAAAACCGGGAAACUGUCGCGAUAGAGAUGGUAUAAUACUGCCAAUAUCAGAAUUUGAGAUAUCGACGUGUGCAAUGUGUUACUUCUAUCUGAUAAAAGAAAAUCCCAAGUUGUUUCCAGUAAAGCAAUGCAGCGCUUCUAAUAGUAAAACGGUUUGUCUAAUGGAAAAGAAUAAAAACAAUAACAUGAAUUACUGUCAUUGUCCUUCAAUAAACAAUGCAAGCUCUUUGAUUUACAUUGAUAAUUCUAUUGGAAAAGAGAAGCUAUCCAAACAAUGGCAUCAGUGCUGUGAAGAUGCAGCAAGUUGUUGUAAUGCACAAACAUAUAGUGAUGACAUUGACAAAAUGCCCGAAGAUAGGGAUGACGCAUGUCCACACACCUGGGAUGGGUGGAUGUGUUGGAAUAAAACUUUAAGGAAAACAUCCGUGCACAACCAAUGUCCGAGAUUUUUGUCUUUGUCUGACUACAGAGAAAAUGCAACUAAAGUUUGCACUGGGAAUGGUACGUGGUGGGUUGACCCAGAGACUCUCCAAGAAAGAACAGAUUAUUCUAAAUGCCUCUCGCAGGAUGCUUUACAACGUCUGAAGUUUCAUAAGAUUUCAACAAUAGUGAGCCUUUCUAUCAAUGCCUUUGGAAUUUCUUUGCUGAUUCCUGCAAUAAUCGUUUUCGUACUUUACAGGAAUUUACGCCGUCAAAAUAGAAUCAAACUUCACAUUAACCUGUUCCUUUCUUUACUCUUGUGUGGACUAACUGUCAUGUGUUGGGACGUCAUGAUCAAAUACAACAGAAUUGUAAACCAACAAGACGAUCUUGUACAAUAUAAUCAGCAUGGGUGCAAACUAUUAAACAUGAUAGAGCACUAUUUUCGAUCUACAACUUAUUAUUGGAUGUUGUGUGAGGGUUUUUAUCUGCACCGACUGCUAUUGAACGCAUUUGUUCCUCCAAAGCGAUUAAUAGGAUACUACAUCACAGGAUGGGGAAUGCCAUUCAUAACAGCCUUGAUAUAUGCAGUGCUGCGAAUUAGUUUGUUUGAUAACAGUGAUUGUUGGAUAGACCCAGUAACUGGCAAGUACCACGGUCUAGAAUGGAUACUGUUUGCACCAACUAUAUUGUGCAUCAUUAUUAAUGUGUUUUUCCUUUUGAACAUUCUUCGAGUACUGGUACGACAGCUUUCUCAUCCUAAUGAACCUAAAACUUACAGAAAAGCUGUGAAGGCAACACUUAUACUGAUACCGCUCUUGGGAGUUCACCAAUUCUUCACUAUUUACAGACCUCGUCCUGGUGACGAUGGGUACUACGCAAUGACAAUGACAGCAGCAGUUAUUUAUAAUUCACAGGCAAUUUUAAUAUCCUUCAUUUUCUUCUAUUUUAACUCGGAGGUUUUGUCAAAUCUUAGAACCAGCUUGUAUCGACGACGACAAUCAGCUAUACUUGAAAGAAAAAGUCUUACGUCUACGCUCAACUCUAGACGAUCAUCGGCAGUCUCAGCAGGACCAAACACCAUCCAGAUCUACGAAGGAAUUCCAUCUGAUUUGUUAUGUAAUGCUAACAAUAAUGGAAACAAUCAUUUUCUACCUACACGAUUAUCAAAUGGUGUUUUUAAUCAUGGAUUCGUUGACAUUGAAACAACUCAUUUGUAGCAUCCUUUCUUGACAAUUAACUUGUUUCCUUUAGUACA